AUGGCAGGAAUUCUCCCUGAGACUGAUUUUUGUGCUGAAGACCCCAAAAUGAAGCAGCAGGCAGCUUCAGACAAUGCCAGGUCAGAGAGCAGCUUCCAGGUCACCAUGGUGCCCGGGGACGGCGUGGGCCCCGAGCUGAUGCACGCCGUCAAGGAGGUGUUCAAGGCUGCCAGCGUGCCUGUGGCCUUCGACGAGCAUCACCUGAGCGAGGUGCAGAACAUGGCCUCAGAAGCAAAACUGGAUGAGGUGAUUGGCUCCAUGAAGGAAAGCAAAGUGGCCUUGAUAGGGAAGAUCCACACCCCCAUGGAGUACAAGGGAGAGCUGGCUUCCUACGACAUGAGGCUCAGGCGCAAGCUGGACCUGUUUGCCAACGUGGUGCACGUGAAGAGCCUCUCGGGCUACCAGACACGGCACAACAACCUGGACCUCGUCAUCAUCCGCGAGCAGACCGAGGGGGAGUACAGCGCCCUGGAGCACGAGGUGCGGCCCCCGGACGGGCGCCUGCCCCGCCGCCAGAGCUGCCCAGCGCCGCCAGAGCUGCCCAGCGCCGCCGAGGGGCCGGCUGCAGCAGCUAGUGUCAAGGGAGUCAUCGAGUGCCUGAAGAUCAUCACCAGGGCCAAGUCCCAGCGCAUCGCCAAGUUCGCCUUCGACUACGCCACCAAGAAAGGGCGCUCCAAGGUCACGGCCGUGCACAAAGCCAACAUCAUGAAGUUAGGCGACGGACUCUUCCUGCGCUGCUGUGAGGAAGUGGCAGAGCUGUACCCCAAGAUCAAAUUUGACACCAUGAUCAUUGACAACUGCUGCAUGCAGCUGGUGCAGAACCCCUACCAGUUUGACGUCCUGGUGAUGCCCAACCUCUAUGGGAACAUCGUGGAUAACCUGGCGGCAGGGCUGGUGGGCGGCGCCGGCGUGGUGCCCGGCGAGAGCUACAGCGCCGAGUACGCCGUGUUCGAGAUGGGUGCCCGGCACCCCUUUGCCCAGGCCGUGGGCAGGAACAUCGCCAACCCCACUGCCAUGCUGCUCUCGGCCUCCAACAUGCUGCGGCACCUCAACCUGGAGUUCCAUGCCAACCUCAUCUCCGAUGCGGUGAAGAAGGUGAUCAAAGGCGGCAAAGUUCGGACACGGGACCUGGGCGGUUACUCCACCACCUCUGACUUCGUCAAGUCUGUGAUUGACAGCCUGCACCCCCACUAUGGUGCCUAG